AGAGAAUUAAAACAACAACAUAUCAAGGCAGAAACACAUGACAACACAGUUAUAUUGUCUUAUAUUGUUAGGUGUAACAAUGUACCAAUGUACCAAUGUAACACUCAUAUGAAUAGCCUACACUGUAACAGUUAGGGAGAUGAUGUGUGAUGUGCUUCGAUGAGAGCUGAUUGUCAGUGAAAGCCACUGGCGCCUCUAGCGUCGCAUCAAAGCCUGUAUCAAAGAUUCUAAACAGUGCUGUAAUCCCUUGCUUUGAUCACGUGAGGACUCUACUUGGCCAAAUGGGAAAGCGAGUCUCUCGUAAACUGCCGGCCGCCAUUACAUUGCUAUGCGUGGUGGGCUGGCAGAUAGUGCGCGACGCUGCUAGCGGCUGUUCGCGUAAGCACUCAGCACGCUCACAUACAGAGUGAGCCACACAUAUUUAUACAUAGCCUACUCACAUACGCUUUCAUACGAAUAUUACAGAAAAGACACUGACUGAGACAUAAACAAUGCCUGGAAAGGGAUUCGUUGCUUCUGAAUUCCUUGAUGAGAAACAUCGCAUAUAAUCGACGUUUUAAUUGAUUAUUUUUAAUCAAUCAUAAAUCUUGCCUUAAGAGGGAACACGUUUUUAAAAAAGGUAUGUUUUUUUUAAGGGAGAUAACGAGACUGGACUCCUGACCAGCGUGAAACAUUUAUUUGAUCAUCAUAACGUCAGAUAAGGAUUGUCACCAUUGCUGGAUUAUCAACGUUUUCUUGGAUACAUUAUUGCAUCUACUGUUAUUUCAAGCUAAACAAAUAUUUUAAGGUCUAUAGUUAAUUGCUGGGAGACCGGGGGGACAUUUGGUAAUGAUAUAAAACAGAAAGGAAGGAAGGAUCUUUUUUAACCUCGGUCUGCUGCUGCCGUUUUCCUGCUGUUGGACGGAGCAUACUUUUUUUCGAUGAAGAAUACGAAAACGUUUAAAAUUGACACAUUUAAUAGCCUUUUUGGUUGCGAGACCAUCAACUCUCUUGCGGUCCACCUUGGAUUACCCGACGAAAGAGCAACCUGUAUUUUUAGCCUCGCUUGUCUGCAGUCUGACGUUAUUUGCAAAGUGAAACAAGGAUUAAACAUUCCUGUUCACAGUUGCCUGUUGUAUGUGGUAGGCUACAUUGUGAGGGGAACGGUGGUGUUAAGAAAGAAAGCUAUUAAUAGCGCAUGCAAUUCUCGAAAACUAUCACAACUGGUGCAUCAGUUUGCCUUGUGGGGGCUGACGGAAUCGAAUUCAGAUUUCUUGCAUGCAAUUUGCAACAGACUGGUCUUCGACACCUAAACGGUCCAUUUAGUAGUGUUUAAUUAGUGCAUAAUACACGCGUAAUAAACUACAGCGUUUUUCUAUAAGAAGUUUUCGGACUAACCACGCAUUUUGAUGGAUUUUUCCGCUCAGGAAGAAAAUAAUCGAUCUACUUCGCAUGGAUUACACUAUUAUUUAAUCGUUAAAGUAUCAUCGGAAAGACUGGCAUGGACACGGAUGGACAUUUUUCUCCAUGGAUUAAGACACGGAUACAUUUUAGCCUAGCCUACAUGCUUUCUGCGUUUGACAAUGAUCAGGUUUGGAUCGCCUGAGCUGGACAGUAACAAUGUUCUGAUCUGCGAACACACUUGGAUGUACAAAAACAAACCAUUCGUUUUGGUAGGCUAUACAAUCAAAUGGGGUUAUUGAUACAUUUAGAAUCCUUUCUUUGAAUACACCCUCUGUUCAGACGGGUUCUUUUUUUAUGACAGUUGACAAAAUAUUUGGGCUACUUAAGGUUAGCCAUUGAUCUGUUAGACAAUUACCCGUGUUUUGGCGGUGGUGUGGCAUACUUGUGAGGGAACCGAUUUGCCACCACUGCUCGGUCUUGUUACCGAUCAAGGAUUUCGACAUGCCCAGUACUGACGACCCGAACGGCGGACGAUUAUGACUACGGCAGCGAAUUGGGUGGCUAACGGGGCAAGCCUUGAAGACUGCCACUCCAACCUCUUCUCUCUGGCAGAGCUGACGGGCAUCAAGUGGAGGUGCUACAGCUUCCGUGGCGGGGGUGAGUACGGGCCAGUGAUCUCGGCACCAGCCCAGGACGACCCGGUUCUGCGCAGCUUCAUGCGCUGCGUGCAGGCCAACCUCCUGUGUGUGUGGCGCCGCAAAGUCAAGCCUGACGCCAAGGAGCUGUGGAUCUUCUGGUGGGGCGACGAGCCCAACCUCUCUGACAUCAUCCAUCACGAGCUGGAAGUGGCUGAGGAGGGACAAUGGGAGUGUGGGCUGUCAUACGAAUGCCGGACCCUCCUGUUCAAGGCCAUUCACAACCUGCUGGAGAGGUGUUUGUUGGACAAGGACUUUGUACGGAUCGGGAAGUGGUUCGUCAAGCCAUACGAGUUGGAGGAGAAGCCUCUGGUCACCAGUGAGCACCUAUCGUGCUCCUUCACCUUCUUCCUGCAUGGGGAGAGUAAUGUGUGCACCAGCGUAGAGAUUGCCCAACACCAGCCUGCCUACCACAUCACUGAUGACCACAUCCGCCUGGCCCAGACCUCCUCAGCCCCCGUACAAGUGAUCCUGAGUCCGUAUGGUCUGUCGGGCUCUCUGACGGGCCAGGCCUAUAAGAUGAGUGACCAAGCCGUGAGGAAGCUGAUGGAGGAGUGGAGCUACUUCUACCCCAUGGUGCUGCAGCGCCAUAGAGAGGGGGGCACAGGGGGUGCCGGCAUGGGGGGCAUGGGUGCGGAGAGGGAGGGCACUGACCCGCUGUUUGACCCCAACAGUCAUGUGGCCGUCGAGGUCAUCGUAGGUGGUGUGAGGAUGAUCUACCCAGCAGCCUUUGUGCUGGUUGCCCAUGGCGACCUGCCUGUGGACCAGCCCCUACCUGCCCCCGGAGCCCAGGGGCUCAGCAGAGACCCCUCCCAUUGUAGCAUCCCCCUCACACCGCCCACCUCACCUGAACAGCCCUGCUCAGCAGACAGUGGCUUUGUGACAGUGUCCAGCAUCCUCCCUGCCCAGGAGAGGGCCAUUGGGGCCACCAACCACAGCCCAAAGCAUUCUGGGAAGAAACUGACCAAUCAGGUGGUGCAUCAGGCAUGGAAGGAGUGUUAUCUCAACCAACUGCAACACAAAUGCAGUGUGCCCAGUAGCGUGACGCCAAAGAAGGAGGCGCCAAACGGGGUGACCACCUGGGACUUUAUCGACUCGGGCGAGAGGGCUCCCUGCAGCUGCUCCAGGUUAAAGCAGCAGCAGAAACAGCAGCAGCAGACCAACACCUCCUCUGCCAACCCUCUGUCUGGUGCCAACCCCACCCCCUCCCUGGGCCCAGCACUUCCUCCUCCCUCUCUGCCUAAGCACAAGGCCACGGACAAGUCCGAGAAACCCGACAAACAGCCCAAGAGGGUCGCCGCCAUGACACCCUUCCACCACCGGCUCUCUGUGGGCCAGGAGACCUGCCAGGAACAAGACUCCACUGGAGGGUCCCAGCUCGGCCUAGUCGCCCUGGACCCUCUCCUGGAUCCCAUGCCCACCUGCAAGUACCCCAAGCCCCUCUCAGCUGGCAGGAAAGCUCCCCAGUCCCUGCUCCACUCUCCCGUCUCCCCAUUACCCCCCACGCUCAGCCCCCAUCCGCGGGUGGGGCAGGACCCUGAGGUACUGGAUGCUCCUGUGGGCAUGGCCCCCUGUCCAGAUGGGGCGUCAGGGCUGGGGGUGAUGGAGCCCAGUGCGACUGCUCUCUAUGCAGCCCCUCUGGGGCCCAGAGAGAGGGAAGCUGGGGCGGGCUGGUGGAGGGGCUUCAGGACUCCUAGGGCUGAUAAGGCUGAGUUCAGGCCUCCAGAGCUGCCCAGUGACAGAGUGGAAUUAAAGACAGAGACACAGGUCACUGAGGGAGUUGCACUGAAAAGACUAUUCGCGCAGACAGAGAAGUGUUUCAAGAUAUCCGAGGAGCGUGUUAGGGAACACAUCCAGACCCUGGGUCUACUGCAGCAGCCUGGGGUGGAAGGGCUGGGGGACCUUGGGGACGACCCGUAUGACUUCAAGGAGGGAGACAUCGAGUACAGCUUCCCCACCUCCAAGAGACUGAAGGGCCGAGACCCUAGCAAGAGAGGCCCCAAGGGAGAGGAUAUCAGCAACGGUGCACUGCCUGAUGGGAAAGACGCCAUGUCCAUCUUUAGCUCUGCCCCCAAAGCUGAUGAUGACUCACCGCAGGACGACGAGGCGGCCAAAGCCCAAAACCCUCCUCUAACCAGGGAGACUGAUCUGGUGGUCCUCAUCUCAGACCUGGAGAACAUUUUCGACGAGGAUGAGGAGGAACUUGGGCACACAGCCAGGGUCCUGGUAUCAGGAGGUGAAGACCGAAGGGAGGGGAGGGUGGCUGUGCCCUAUCCUUCAACAGUAGCAGACCUCCAGCGGAUGUUCCCCACACCCCCGUCCCUGGAGCAGCACCCAGCCUUCUCCCCCAUCAUGACAUACCGUGACACCCCCAGCCAAGAGCCCCCAGCCCCCUCGGGGGGCUCUGACCACCCCCUGGGCCCCCUGUCCUCCACCCAGCUCCAGGAGUACCGGAUGGAGGUGGAGGAAGGCAUGGCCAGUCCUAAACAUGAGGACAUUAAGGACUUCUCAUUUGUGUACCGUGUCCCGUCUGUCCAGUCACAGAUGGGCUGCUCCAUGUUUGCUCCGCUGCGUACCCUCCCCAGCCAGUGUCUGCCCCCCAUCAAGGUGCCUGACCAGUGUUACUACCGGCCCUCCUGGGCCCUGCUGCCCAAGAUGGAGCAUUACUCCUCCCUGCCGCCCUCCUUCAUCAGAGAUGGAUAUGUCAACGUCCCCAGUGUUGGGGACCAGGAGUAUGCCCAGAUGAGUGCCAGUGCCCUAUCCAUAGGCACCACCGGCGGCAUCCUCCCCUCGCCCUCCCCUGCCACCCCCCGCUUCUCUGUCCCCACCCCUCGUACCCCGCGCACCCCCAAGGGCGUUGGCACGGCCAGCGGGCAGGGCUCUGUGAAGCAGGAGGGCACCGGGACAGAGCUGAGCUCCCCUGCCUCCACGCCCUCCACCAGCCUGCCUAUGAGCUCCCUGACUGAGCCCCAUGCGUCCUGCCCCGCCCUGCCCGAGGCCCACAGCCUGUACGCCGCCCUGCUCCUCUCUGACUCAGUCCUCAACGUCUUCAAAGAUCGCAACUUCGACAGCUGCUGCAUCUGCGCCUGCAACAUGAACGUGAAGGGUGCCGACGUGGGCGUGUACAUCCCCGACUCCACUCUCGAGGACCAGUACCGCUGCAUGUGUGGCUUCAGCGCCAUCGUCAACCGCCGGCUGGCCCACGGCACGGGCCUCUUCCUGGAGGACGAGCUGGACAUCUUCGGGAGGGGCUCGGAGGUGGGCCGGGCAGCCGAGAGGAGGCUGGCGCUGUGCCGCAGAGACCCACCCAUGGGAGACCCCCGGGCCAAGCGCCCCCAGGACUCCUCCCCUGCCCCUUCCUCUGUCAUGGGACUCCUCCAGGAGCAGUGCUCCCAGCCCAUCUCCUCCCUGGCCUCCCUACACCUCCCUCCUGCCUGCUCCUGCCACGGCCGCCAGGGGGCCCUGCUCCAGAGCUGGAUGGCUGACAAGCAGUGGGCAGAUGGCAGUGAUGCGUGUGUGGAGUGUUACAACGCGCUGGUACAGGGGCAGCAGUAUGUGGAUAACCCCGCCGGAGGGAAAGUUGAUCCGGCUGUUGUGAGGAGCAGCGCUCUACACUCCUGGCCUCACACCAACGUGUUGGACAUCAGUAUUCUGUCGUCCCAGGACGUGGUGCGUAUGCUGCUGUCCCUGCAGCCCUUCCUCCAGGACGCAAUCCAGAAGAAACGUACGGGCCGGACCUGGGAGAACAUCCAGCAUGUCCAGGGUCCACUCACAUGGCAACAGUUCCACAAGAUGGCCGGCCGGGGAUCCUACGGGUCAGAGGAGUCGCCCGAGCCCCUUCCCAUCCCUACCCUGUUGCUGGGCUACUACGAUAACUAUGACCGUAACUUCCUGGCCCUGUCGCCCCUGGCGCUGCCCUUCUGGGAGAAGCUGCUGUUGGAACCAUAUGGGGGACAGAGGGACGUGGCCUUCCUGGUGCUCUGCCCCAACUCUGAAACCCUGCUGGCCGGGGCACAGGCCUUCUUCCGGGAGCUCAGCGCUGUCUACGAGACGUGUCGGUUGGGGAAACACAGACCCCUAGCAAAGGUCUCCAGAGAUGGGCUGGUGCGUGUGGGGGCAGAGACAGAAACUGAGACCGAUAAGGAGAAAGAGAAGGAGAGGCAUGAGGAGGAGCAGGUAGACCAGUGGUUCACAGGGCCCUGGGCUGGACAGCAACACAGCGACAACCUCAGAAAACUCAAACUCUAUGCGCGCACCUGCAGGAAGCAGCUAGGUCCACAGUUGUCUGCUCUGUCUUUGGACAGCAGUCUGUUGUUACCCCCCAAGCCUCAGCCAACUCCAGCCCCCACGCCCUCCUCAGCCCAGCCUGCCCCCUCCUCCAGCCAGCCCCCCUAUGGUCCUGGGGCCCCUGCUGAGGGAGAGGCAACAGCCCCCCCAGUGGCCCACAGCUCAGAAAGCACCCCAACCCCUACAGCAGCAGCAGCCUCGGGCCAGCCAGGUCCAGCAGAGAGCACCCAAGGAGGGUCCACUGAGGUCAAGAAUAGCCCCAAUGCCCCACCACCACCACCUAGCCAGCCAGAGACCCCUGAGAGUGUGGCGGAGCGGGAGCGAAUCGGCAUCCCCACGCUGGCGGACUCGGCCGAUAGCCAUGCCCACCCCCCGGCCAUCGUGAUCUACGUGGUGGACCCCUUCCUGUGCUCGGGCCGAGCGAGGGAUGGCGGAGGAGGAGGAGGAGAGGAGGAGGAGGGUGAGGAGGUGGAGGCAGGCAGUGUGUGGUUACUAGGGCUGCUGCGUUGCUACACAGAGAUGCUACAGACAUUGCCGGAGAGCAUGAGACCAGCACUGGUGUUACAGGUGGUGCCAUGUCAGUACCUGCUCCAGCCAGCCAGUGGUGAGAGCCCUCUGUACCUGCAGCAUCUGCGCUCCCUGGCCUUCUCAGCCUACUCCCAGUGUAGACGCCUCCUACCCACACAGACACACAUCAAGUCUCUGACCGGCUUUGGCCCCGCCUCCACCCUAGAAUCUGUGCUCAAGAGUCCAGAGCACCCCAGCCCUCUACAGGGCUACUCUCCCCCGUACAUUCUGGGUCCUACCCGUGCCAAGCAACCAGAGCCAGGGGAGGUGUGGGCAGAGAUCCCUCCCAGGUACAACGUGCUGUUUGUGGGCUACUGCCUGUCCCACGACCAGCGCUGGAUCCUGGUUUCCUGCACCGAUCAACAGGGAGAGCUACUGGAGACCUGCAUCAUCAACAUCGAUGUGCCCAACAGAGCGCGGUGGCCCAAGGUCUCAGCCAGGAAGAUGGGACUGCAAAAGUUAUGGGACUGGUGUGUCGGCAUCAUCCAGAUGACCUCACUGCCAUGGAGGAUUGUGAUUGGUCGGCUGGGCAGACUAGGACAUGGUGAACUGAAAGACUGGAGCGUUCUCCUGGGGGAGCACUCUCUCCACUCCAUCAGUCGCCAGCUGAAGGAGGCAUGUCGUAUGUGUGGCAUCUCCUCCGCUGACUCCCCCUCCAUCCUCAGCGCCUGCCUGGUUGCCAUGGAGCCCCAGAGCUCCAUCGUGGUGAUGCCAGGUUAGCAGCAGCACUGCUGGGCCCAUGGAUGAUGUGUUUAGUUAACCUUCCAGAUAUAAUAGACAUAUUUAAUAGAUCUUAUAGGAGCUCACUCUGUAAGCCCUGGAGUUGCAGAUACAACAUGAUGUUAUGAGCCAAGGGUGAACAGUGUAAUAGUGUGUUUAACCACAAUGCUGCCACACACUCAGGGAGCACUGCGAGCUGCCACACUCACUUCACAGCACACAGUAAUGCAGACAUAAUGUUGAUUGCAGCAUUUUGAGGUAAGGUUAGGACAAGUGGAUUUUACAGUAUAGACUGCACUGUAGCACAUUGUGCACAGCAAUACAAACUUUAACACACUCAAAGGAUUUCAUUGCCAAACACACAGCAAGCUCUAUUGAGGCAAAUCUUACAUUACAUACUAUUUAUAAUAAGUUGGUCUGAAUUGGUCUGAAGUGGGCUGUUGGAAAUGUGCAGUGUUCAGUCCCCAUCAGCUUCCCUGGCAACGGAGCGCCGGAGCAUUUCCAUCGUCAUGGAGGCCAAGUUCAUGGGAUUUGUUGCAUGACAGGGCCCAUAGCUUUACUAUCAUACACAUGGCACUUUUGUUUGUGUGUGUGUGUGUGUGUGUGUGUGUGUGUGUGUGUGUGUGUGUGUGUGUGUG